AUGACGAGGAAGGAGGAGGCCGGCCGCCAUGGAUCGACGGAAAGCUCUGGCGCCGAGAGUUGGCGAUCGCAGGACACCGUCCGCGCAAACAGCCUGAGCGGCCGGCGACGCGGUGCGCCCAUCAAGGUGAAGACGGACAAGCAGCAGAAGAAGGACGACGACGACAAAGAUAACGAGAUUUCGCCGGGCACCGCUACCACGCCCGAAUUCAAGACGCCAGACUUCUCGAGCCACAAGGGUCCCGGCAUCCCACCAUGGGAGCGUCGCCGGGCAGCUGACUUCAGCAACUAUCGCAAAGACCUCGCUGUUCUCGAGCAGGCCGGCAACGGGGUGCCGUCCAUAUCUCGCGUCCCCCCUACCGCGUCGGCGUCGACCCCGCCCUGGGCCAAAUCCAACGGCUCUGGAGACAUGCCCAACUCCAUCUUCUCGGGCAGCUUCUACAACGACUCCAACGAAGAUGUGUCGCAGCUGUCGCCCGGCUUCCGCCCCGGCUCGGGCCAGGCCGAAGAGGGGGGUUAUCAAGGGGAAGAUAGACGUCCGUCCGUUGCAAGCGCGACCACAGUCAGCAGUUCUGGCUCGAAAUCAAGCAUCAGUCGGGGCUUUCACAAAAAGCUGCAAGGAUUUUUCGGAGAUGAAUUCAAUAGCUCCGAUUCGAGGCAGAACUCACAGACGAGUCUGCCAGAGCGGCAGCGAAACCGCAACAACUCGCUGCACAACACACAUAGAAGUAGCAUUGGCAGCCGCCCGGCCUCUCCCGCCAGCUCGCGACCGCGGACGCCGCUGCCUUCGAGCGAAGUGACGCCGUGGGAAUAUCAGGAAAAGACGCAGGACACGCCUUCCACCACCACGACGGCCGCAGACGCGCAAUCGAUAAGAUCGGCCAAGGGAUCGCAUUCUCACAAACUCCCCUUCCAUGGACAUCGGCACCACAGGAGCAACGACGAAUCAAAGGCGCCCGACCUCGGGCAUGGGAUGCCGCUGCGCCCCGUCGCCAGCAGAGAUGAAUCGUCGAGCAGCUACCGGGGUCGCACCGAUUUUAGCAUUCGCUCAGGGCUGGCGUCGGCAAUGACUUCGACCAAUGCAUUGGUUCCGCGGUCCAGCAGUCCGACCGGCAGCACAAAGUCGAACAAGGAGCCCCUCGGCUCGAAAUCGCCCGGCAGUGCAAUGGCCGGCAAAAGAUCUCUUUUCGACAAGCUGCGUCGCAAAGACAAGGCCGAUCGUGCCGCAGAAGGUCUGAGAGAUCUCCCGUCAUCGACCCUUUCGCUUCAGCAAACAAUGAGGUCUAACAAGAGCGACAAAACAGAUCCACGCGACCUGAAGAGCGGCAAAUUUGUAGUCCAAGCGUCGGCUGGAUCAUGGGGCCAGCCCUACGUGUCGUACGACAAAGGGAAAAAAGAAAGCAGCAGAAUACCCUUCAAAUCGAAACGCCCCCAGCAAACGCCUGAGGGCCCUGUCGGGAAGGAUCCAAACACCGCUGAAGCUGAUGCGACAGGGCACGAGGCGCUGUGGAACCUGGACACUGACCUGUCGCAUAUGGAGGGCAUCAUAAACCCUCAGCAACCGCCAAUGACACCACCGACGGGCGACGUAUAUGCUGGUUGGCCCGACGAUACCGCUCCGCCCAAAGAGAAGGAAUUGGAAGAGAAAGGUGUCUGGGACGCCCCUGACUCUUGGGCUGUGAAACGCGCCAAUGACGAGAACGUCAGUCGUUUGCAAGAGCUCGACGAGCAGGGCAACCCUCAAAAAGAAGAGGUCGACCCCGGGCCUCCAUUCUGCGUUCGCAUCUUCCGAGUGGACUCAACCUUUGCUGUCCUCUCCGUCCCUCUCAACACAACGGCCGGGGAAGUGAUCCAGAUUCUGGGCAAAAAGUCUUUCUUGCAGGAUGAGCUCGGUAAUUACCAAAUCAUAAUGCGCAAGCACGACACGUCUCGGCAGCUGGAACCAAACGAAAGACCGCUCGUUAUCCAGAGGCGUCUGCUCGAACAGGCCGGAUACUCCGAAUCGGACAGAUUGGAAGACGUCGGGCGGGAAGACAACAGCUAUCUCUGCCGAUUCACCUUCUUGCCGGCCAAGAUGAGCGGUUACUCCAGUCUGGAAAAAGAUCCUGGAUUCAGCAAAAUGCAGAAGUUCAGUCACAUAGACCUUCAAGGCCGGAACCUCAUCACCAUCCCCAUCACACUGUACCAAAAGGCCACGGAAAUCAUAUCCCUUAAUCUUUCUCGUAAUCUCUCCUUGGACAUCCCGAAAGAUUUCAUUCAGGCUUGUACAAAUCUCCGCGAGAUCAAAUACACGAGCAACGAGGCGUGGAGGUUACCGCCAAGCUUGAGCUUGGCAAGCCGCUUGACGAUGCUGGACAUUUCCAACAACCGAUUGGAACAGCUCGAGCACGCUGAGCUUUGGAAAUUGCAGGGCCUCCUGAGUCUCCGGCUGUCGAACAACAAGCUUACACACUUGCCCAAGUACUUUGGGUCCUACCGUGCGCUGAGGAGUCUGAAUCUCUCGUCAAACUCUUUGACUGAGUUCCCUGAUUUCCUGGGCGACAUUCAGACACUGGUUGAUCUGGAUGUCAGCUUCAAUUCAAUCGAAGGCCUACCAAAGAUUGGUCAAUUGGUUUGUCUGGAGAGAUUGUGGGCCACGAACAACAAACUGCGUGGUUCCUUCCCGGAUGAUCUGAAAAACCUGUCCAACUUGAAAGAAAUCGAUGUGCGCUUCAACGCGAUCGACAGCAUUGAUGUCAUGUCCCAGCUUCCGCGACUGGAGUAUUUGAUGGUGGGCCACAAUUCGAUCUCAGCGUUUGAGGGAUCCUUUGCGAAAAUCCGCGUCUUGCACCUCAACCACAACCCCGUCACCCGAUUCGGGCUUAGCGGACCGGUGUCGACCCUGUCAAUACUCAACUUGGCAUCAGCGAAGCUCACGCAGUUACCAGAUGACCUGUUCCUGAAGGUGCCCAACCUGACGAAGCUCAUCCUUGACAAAAAUCAUUUUGUGUCUCUGUCGCCGCAGAUGGGCAAGCUCUUGAAGCUGGAACACCUCAGUCUCGCGAGAAAUAACAUCGACCAACUACCGGCCGACAUUGGAAGGCUUACGGAACUGCGCUACCUGGAUGUCAGAGAAAACAACCUGAACGAUCUUCCGAGGGAGAUUUGGUAUGCUCGGAGGUUGGAGACUCUGAACAUCUCUUCGAAUGUCCUGACAACAUUCCCGAAACCCGGCCCGCCCAAUCCGGCUUUCCAGGCGGCCGAUUCCCAGGUUGACGGGGCCCCAGGAACUGCACAAACCACGCCUGGACUGUCUAGCAGCCCAAGUUUUGAGGACCUCGGCAAAUUGGAGGAUUUCGAAGCACGAAGGCCAAGCCAGAAUUCGGGCCAAGGGCUGCUCACUGUCAGCUCAUCCCCAGGUGCUCAAAGAAGUGGUUCAGUUGCUUCAGGGUAUUCCUCUAGCGGGAGGAAAGCAUCGACCACUUCCAAAACGACAGAUGGGACGGUGACACCAGUCACCCGCAAGGAUUCAAGCUUAUCUAACCGGAUGGUUACUACCUUCGCCGGCUCCCUUCGACAUCUAUUCCUUGCGGACAACCGACUCAAUGACGAUGUUUUCGACGAGCUGGCCCUCCUUCCCGAGUUGCGAAUCCUCAAUAUCUCGUACAAUGUCAUCUACGACCUUCCUCCCCGGACCCUCCGCAGAUGGCAACAUAUAACGGAGUUCUAUCUUUCCGGCAACGAUUUGACUUCCCUCCCAGCUGAAGACCUCGAAGAGGUGACAUCGCUGAAAAUUCUUCACAUCAACGGGAACAAAUUCCAAGUACUUCCUGCCGAGCUCGGCAAAGUGGCCAAGUUGGCCAUCCUUGAUGUCGGCAGCAAUGCGCUCAAGUACAACGUGUCCAACUGGCCCUAUGAUUGGAACUGGAAUUGGAACCACAACCUGAGAUACCUCAAUCUUUCGGGCAACAAACGCUUAGAAAUCAAGCCUCAUGGCGGGUUUGCAGGCGCCGGCGGCUACGGACGCGAGGGCAAGGAUCUCACGGACUUCACCUCGCUCACGAGCUUGCGCGUCCUGGGGUUGAUGGAUGUCACGCUGAUGGUCCCGUCGGUGCCAGAUCAGAGCGAGGACCGGCGAGUACGAACUGCAGGCUCGAUGGUUGGGACGAUGUCUUACGGCCUGGCGGAUACCCUGGGGCGGAAUGAACACCUAUCGACCAUGGACCUGGUCAUUCCCAAGUUCCGGAGUCACGAUGACGAAACACUUUUUGGCAUGUUUGACGGACAGGCUCUGCCGGCCGGCGGCUCAAAGAUUGCCAAGUACCUUUACGACCAUUUCAAAACUCGAUUCUCUGACGAACUAGAACGGCUCCGACCUAACGAAACCCCGGCGGAUGCGCUCAGGAGAAGUUACCUAGGCCUAAACAAGGACCUCGCGGGGGCAGCGACUCAGUCACAAGACAAGGCUGGGGUUGUCCACCGCAGCACCAUGCCUAACUUGAGCGAGGAGGACCUGCACUCCGGCAGUGUUGCGACAGUCGUGUAUUUGAAGGAGAUGGAGCUUUUUGUCUCAAACGUGGGUGAUGCACAGGCCCUCCUGAUCCACUCGGAGGGCAGUCACAGAAUCAUCACCAGAAAACACGACCCGGCAGAGCCCGGCGAGCGCACGCGUAUCAGGGAUGCUGGAGGAUUCGUUUCUCGCCAAGGAAAGCUGAACGACGUCCUGGAGGUCUCUCGUGCUUUUGGAUACAUCCAAAUGUGCCCGUCAGUCAUUGCCGCCCCGCAUGUGUCACACAUCACUCUUCGCGAGUCUGACGAAAUGAUUCUUGUGGCCUCUCGAGAACUUUGGGACUACCUGACUCCAGACUUUGCGGUUGAUGUCGCCCGCUCCGAACGCGGAGACCUCAUGAGGGCUGCGCAGAAGUUGAGAGACCUCGCCAUCGCAUUCGGCGCCACAGGCAAAAUCAUGGUCAUGCUCAUUGGUGUCAGCGACCUGCGGAAGCGUGAGCGCGCGAGAUUCCGGACACACAGCAUGUCCAUGGGCCCCACUGGCUCCCCUGAUGAGCUCUUCCCCUUCCCGCGGAGCAGGGGCAAGCGCCGUGAGGUGGUCGGAGACCAGAAGCUCGCCCGCCUUGAUUCAGAAGUGGAUGCCCCUACCGGAGAAGUCAGCUUGGUGUUCACUGACAUCAAGAACUCGACCCUCAUGUGGGAGACUUAUCCAACGGCCAUGCGGUCUGCCAUCAAGAUGCACAACGACGUCAUGCGCCGGCAGCUGCGACUCAUUGGUGGUUAUGAGGUCAAGACCGAAGGUGACGCGUUCAUGGUCGCCUUCCCAACGGUAACCUCGGCACUUCUAUGGUGCUUCACAAUCCAAAGCCAGCUUCUGGACGUGCAAUGGCCUCAGGAAAUCUUGAGCAGCGUCAAUGGACAAGAGGUGGCCGAUGCGGAUGGCAACAUCAUCUUCCGCGGUCUUUCGGUCCGCAUGGGUAUCCAUUGGGGCACGCCGGUGUGCGAAGUUGACCCAGUCACAAAGCGCAUGGAUUAUUUUGGUCCCAUGGUCAACAGAGCAUCCCGUAUCUCAUCCGUCGCGGAUGGUGGUCAAAUCACAGUGUCGUCGGAUUUCAUUGCGGAGAUCCAGCGUCUGCUCGAGACCCACAUCGAGUCGGAUCGGUCUGGCAGCCUGGACGACUCUUUUGGCGAUGAUUCUCAAGCCCAAGCGAUCCGACGUGAAUUGAGGUCGUUGAGUAGCUCAGGUUUCGAAGUCAAGGAUCUCGGAGAACGUAGGCUGAAGGGUCUUGAGAACCCUGAGUACAUCUACCUUAUGUAUCCGCACUCGUUGGCAUCGCGCCUCGUUGUCCAGCAACAGCGCGCCGAAGCAGAAGCAGCAGCGAAUUCUGCCAUGGCCGGGACCAAGAUGGCAGACUCGCAGCUCACAAUCAACACGGAGGAUGUCUGGGCGUUGUGGAACGUGUCGCUUCGCCUGGAGAUGCUCUGCUCCGCACUCGAGAGCCCCGGCAGCACGCAGCUGAAGGCACCCGAGACAGCGCUGCUCGAACGCAUGAAGACUCGAGGUGGCGAGAUUACGGACAGGUUCUUGAUCAAUUUCGUCGAGCACCAGAUCUCGAGAAUCGAGUCUUGCAUUACGACACUACAACUCCGCCACACCGUCCGGCCAUUCGGUGGGGGCAUGCUCCAGCAGGCCUGUCCCAUGGCCGACAUAUUUUCCGAACUCAACAGUCAGCUGGAAGAAUUGCGCUUACUGAAAGCCGUCGCCGCGGCGUGA